GUUUCGAUGUUUCGAUCCAUAGAAGUAAUCGAAUAGGAGGAUCACAUCCCUAACUUGCUCAAUUGCUUUGGUUGGCACAUGGCACAGACUAAAAUCAAAUGUACGAUUUUUUAAUUUAAUAUUAUAAGUAAAUAAUCUUUUCCAUUAUUUUAUAAAUCCAGUUAAAGUGAACAGGUGUGCAAAUUCAUGAAUACCGUUAUCAAAAAUUUGUAUUUGUUAUACUAAAACUUCGAAGAAAUAAUCCAAGUCAGCAACUGUGAACGGUUGGAAGAUCAAUUAAAAUGGGUGUCCCUAAAUUCUUCAGAUAUACCAGUGAAAGGUAUCCUUGCCUGAAUGAGCUGGUGAAACAAUAUCAGAUACCAGAUUUCGACAAUAUGUAUUUAGACAUGAAUGGCAUAAUUCACAACUGCUCCCAUCCUGAUGACUCAAAUCCUCACUUCCGAAUCACUGAGGAGAAAAUCUUCCAAGAUAUAUUUCACUAUAUAAGUAUGUUAUUUCAAAUUAUAAAGCCUAAGAAGCUGUUCUUCAUGGCUAUUGAUGGAGUAGCUCCUAGAGCUAAAAUGAACCAGCAAAGAGGCAGGAGAUUUAGAUCAGCAAGGGAAGCAGAAAAAUUGGAAGAAGAUGCAAAAGAGAAAGGUGAAGUUCUUCCAACGGAGAAGCGUUUUGAUAGCAAUUGCAUUACACCUGGUACGGUGUUCAUGGCACGUUUACAUGAGCAGUUAAAAUACUUUGUUAAGAAGCAAAUAUCUGAAGAUCCACUUUGGGCCAAAGUGAAAGUAAUAUUGUCUGGACAUGAGACGCCCGGUGAAGGCGAGCAUAAGAUUAUGGAUUACAUACGUUGGGCUCGUUCCCAGCCUGACUAUGACCCUAAUACAAGACAUUGUUUGUAUGGCUUGGAUGCUGAUCUUAUAAUGUUGGGAAUGUGUACGCAUGAACCACAUUUUGCAUUGUUGAGGGAAGAGGUGAAGUUUGGUAAAACAACACAGCGUGCUACCAGUCCUGAAGAAACGAACUUUUACCUCCUCCACCUAUCUCUACUUCGUGAAUAUUUAACACAAGAGUUUAUAGACAUCAAAGAUAACUUGCCGUUCAAGUUUGAUAUAGAGAAAAUUGUUGACGAUUGGGUAUUAAUGGGUUUCCUAGUUGGUAAUGACUUUAUACCCAAUUUGCCCAAUAUGCAUAUAAAUAAUGAUGCAUUGCCCAUAUUAUAUAAAACAUAUAUGACAGUUUUACCAACAUUAGACGGUUAUAUUAAUGAAGCGGGAGAUCUAAAUUUACCUCGAUUUGAGCUGUUUAUGCAGGAACUAGCUAAAAUUGAUAAAGAAAAAUUUCAAGACACAUAUGCUGAUUUGAAAUUUUUCGAAGCAAAAACAGGACGGAGACCGAAUGAAAAUGAAAGAAAAGUGUACAAGCCAAACAAUGAUGACACAUUUAAUGUCAACAUAGAUGACAUCAAAGCUAAUAAGCCUGAUGAUGAACUGCAAGCACUCAUCAAGGCAACGGAGGACAUGUAUAUGGACGAUAUGGAUAUAAAUAGUGAUGAGGAGUAUGAAGAAACGAGUGACGAGGAAGCGAACAUAGAAAUGGAGUUCAUUCUGCACAAGAAAGAUUAUUAUAUGAACAAAUUGGACUAUUCUAAAGUUACCGACGAGGUGUUGGCUGACCAAGCGGAGGGCUAUGUACGAGCUAUCCAGUGGAACCUGUGGUAUUACUACAAGGGAUGCCCGUCCUGGUGCUGGUAUUAUCCCCAUCAUUACGCACCAUACAUCUCCGAUAUCAAAGGAUUUAAAGAUCUCAAGAUAGAAUUUGAAUUGGGUGAACCUUUUAAACCGUUCGAACAGUUAUUAGCAGUGUUGCCAGCUGCCAGUAAACAUCUUCUGCCGACACCUUUUCAUGAUCUGAUGACGGAUGAAGACUCCCCCAUAGUGCACUACUACCCCGUGCACUUUGAGACCGAUCUCAAUGGCAAGAGGAAUGACUGGGAGGCUGUUGUUCUUAUACCAUUUAUUGAUGAGGCAAAUUUGUUGUCAGCAAUGGCACCUUGUUACCAACGUUUGACUGAAGAGGAAUUAAAAAGGAAUAGUCAUGGACCCAUGUUGAUAUAUAACUGGUCACCUGCGAACUUAGGUGUGGCAUUUGCUCCGGCAUACUUCCCUCCUAUAACAGAGAACCACGCUAUCGAGCUGUUGGUGUGGAGGUCCAAGCUGGAUGUACCCGAAGACCAGCUGAAGAGAGGCAUGUUGCCCAAUGCCAAACGUGAUCUGCUGUAUCCUGGCUUCCCUACCAUGCGACAUCUUAAAUAUCAGACCAGUUUGGUGAAGAAGCAUGUGAAAGUAUUUGACCAGCCAUCACGCAAUGAGAACAUGAUUGUGGAAAUAAUAAGAGACGAGGAACCUCCGGUAGAGCAGGUGGCUCGGGAACUACUCGGCAAAGUCAUAUGGGUCGGCUGGCCACAUCUUACUAAAGCUAAAGUGAUAUCAGUAUCAAAUGAAAAAAUGAGACUGCAUUACAUCGGCAAGAACAAUGUGGACGUCCAGGGUACUUAUUCUACGGAGAUGAACGCUGGUAACUUACAUAAGCAAUGGAUAUCAGAACGAUCUACUAUUAUUGAACACAACAUGAAUCGACUUGGCAUUGAGUUGGGUGAUGUCAAUAUAAUAGUCCACGCUGUUAAUAUUAAAGGCUAUAAAUAUAUAAUCCAGGACAAUACAAAGAUGGUGCGUAAGGCGGAGUGGUGCGAAGUACCUUGUGGGUAUGCGUUGCAGGCUGUAGUGCCUUCAGCUAAUGCCUACGUCACUCAGACUCCCGGCAAGUUCUGUUCACCUCAAGAAGCCUAUCCUGCAGGAGAUCAUGUGUUUUUAUUAACACAGGGACAGUACUAUGGAUGUUUAGCUAAGAUCGUGGAGUCUGAGGGUAUGGGUAGCGGGCGCAUCAAAGUGUUGGUGCGCGAGGCAAGCGAACCUGUACCCAGCUGCAGCGCUACUGCCAGCCCGUACCGCACCGCGCACCACGCUGCUGCAGCCUGUGGUAUAUCCGCACAAAUGUUGUCUCGUAUCACCGGCACUGUUCUUGUUAUUCUCGGGGAGAGGAAUAAUCUUCCCACAGAGAAUCAGAACAAACUUAAUAUUGGUCUCAACCUUAAGUUCAACAAAAAGAAUCAAGAAGUAUCCGGCUAUACGCGUCGUUGCACCGUAAGCAACGCGUGGCUGUAUUCAGAACGUUGUAUAAAUCUUGUUAAAUCAUACGCGCAACAAUUCCCUGAGAUCUUCGACAAUCUGCCAUAUCAUUAUGAUAAGAAUGUCAUAUUUGAAGAGGAACUGUGGCCAGGAGAAGUUGGUGAGAAGAAGCCCCAGGCUGUGAUGAGCUGGCUGAAGGAGCAGGGUCAUGGGAAAGCGGCGCGUCGUGCGUGCGGCUCUCAGGCCCUGGAACCUGAGGAACUGCGCGCUCUCGCAGAAGACCUGGAUGUGCAGCUGCAGCGCGCUCAGAUCGAGAAGACCCCCACACUGCACGUCAAAUGGAACUUACUCUAUAAGCCGGAGUUACACGAAGGGAAUCUAUCACCGGACCCUAAAGCUGACUACGAGAUGUUUGACCGCGUGGUCUGUGUCUCCCGCACUAUGAGUGUACCAUUUGGUCUCCAUGGCACCAUCACCGCUGUGUACCAGCCCGGAGACUGUAACACUGUGCGUCUCGCUGACAAACUGAAUGCCACACCCUCCUAUCAAGUAUUGUUCGAUAAACCAUUCCCUGGUGGGAUGGUGGAAGAAGGCUUCAAUGAACCCAGGUUUUAUAGAAUGCAAGAUACGAAGAUGUUGAACAUAUCGUAUGGUCGUAAGCUGCGAACUGCACACGCACCUGCAGAGCCGGAGUGGGCGGCGCUCAACACUCCCGUACUGCUGCGUCGAGAUCAACAUCGCUCUGCAUUCGCCAGCUAUAGUCCGCCAGGAGACAGACAGACACCGAUUGCUGAUAACAAGAACAAAGCAGUACCCAACAUUGUCAACAAUGGCGGACCUCCGGAUAAUGCAACAAAUCUGCUCCGAAGUCUACUCAAAAUAAGCGAAAAUGAAUCUGAUCUUAAUAAAAAAAAUAAGAAUCCUGUUGAACAAAAUAACUGGCGUAAAUCCGACAAGAACCCGAUGUCGCCGCCAAAAGCAACACAAGAUAAUUGGCGUAACGAAAGUAAUCCUUCGUUCAGUGGCAGCAGACCGCCACCACAAGGCCUGCCUAAUGAAUGGACUAACAGUAACUUUAAGAAUCCGCCGCCAUUACCUCAGCUGAUGGGCGUAUCCAAGCCAUUCCAGGGGCCGGGGGCGGCUCACCUCCCCUUCCCGCAGUUCCGCCCCCACCCACCUCAGUCACACCCCCCGCAUCACACGCACCCCCCGCACCCCAUGUUGGCGAAUAAGACCCCCAAUAACAUCGUCCUAGGACCCAGCUGGAUACAAGGAAAUAAUGUAUCAACUGUGUCCGGUGGGGGAAAGUCAGCGGGUAUGCAGAACACGGAUAGAGUUGCCAACCCAUUUGUACCUCUGCAAGUGCAGACCAGUCAAAGACGAGUACAAAACAACAGUGUUCCGUCGAGCAGUAGAAGAGAACCUGAAGGUGCGCCUGCGCAGUCACUCCAACAGUACUCCGCACAACCGCAACACACGCUACAACAAGACGGCCAGACGCCCCAACAGUCACAAAACGCGAAAAAGAAACCGCAAAGAAAGAAGAAACCGAGGAUAGCGGCUAAUUUACCUUUUCAAAUGGACUAAAAUUUAAAUAUAUACAAUAUGUCUGUGUGUUUGUGUGUAUGUGACAUAUAUUGUUAUUCUUAUAAAGACAACGCAAAGUGAUUAGAUUAAGUAAAGAAUUAUUAAAUGAAGUUUUGACUUGUCAUUGUUACACAACUCGACGGGGGCAUUGUCGUGCCCCUAUAUUUAACUUAGUUAUGUUGUUAGUUAGAUAUAGUCAAAUGUUGCCAUUUUUGCAGCAUUUUCACAUAAUCUUUAUUAAUCUAAUCACAAAAAUACUAGUUAUUUUUACGG